AUAUCGUAAUAGACUCCUUACUUAGUCUUGUUACGAUGUGGUUUAGUUAUUUAAUAUGCUUAUAUUAUAGUUUGUAGUUUUAUUAUAAGCCUUUGUUAUAUUCACUAUUAUUCAUUAUUACUUUCCCUCAUUCUAUCGUUUUGCUUACUUUGUAGUAUUUAUUUUAUAUUUAUACAGACUAAUAUACUUAAAACUGUUAAAUACAAUUCGAGAAUUCUGUUGUAAAUCUAAAAAUUGUAUUUUGUUUAUUAAUUAUUGAAGUUAAAUAGUCGCGCAUUUAGAUAUGGAAAAGAAAGUCAAGAACACUAGUCAAAAGAAGAAUCUUGCCAAAAUGCAAACCAUGAAGUUAAACGAUUGCAAAGCAGUUAUAUUAAAGCUGGUGGACGAAUUACUCGAUGCAACAAGUAUGAUGUCCAAUUCCCCAUCAAUCAAAGAACAAUGGUCCAUACAUUUGGUGAUUGUCAACCUAUUAUCUAAAAUUAAUCAGUUAGAAGCUGAGUUUGAAUUGAAGCCCUUAUCUCAGAGAAACGAUCAAUCCAUUGAGAAGUUGACCAAAUGGGCCACUAAAAACGGUGCUAUUCUUAAUGGAGUAGAAAUUCAUCAAUUUGAAAAUUAUGCAUAUGGUAUGAAAGCUAAUAAAAAUAUCACUGUUGGUGAUAAGCUUGUGACUGUACCUAGAGCAUUGAUGAUGACUGAAGAAAAUAUACCAUCGUCUCCACUAUGGAAAUUACACUCGCAAGACAUGAUGCUGCGUAAUAUGCCAAACGUGGCUCUGGCAAUAUUCAUUUUGGUUGAAUCUUUGCGAAAAGAUAAGAAAAGUUUUUGGCAUUCAUAUUUAACCACCUUGCCAGUGACAUACUCAACACCGGUAUAUUUUGAUGUAGCUGAUCUAGAAGCUUUGAAAGGAUCACCUGCAUUUGAAGCAGCACUGAAACUUAAUAGAAAUAUAGCUCGACAAUAUGCAUACUUCAAAAAACUGUUUCAGCUGUCCAAUGAUCCAGCUAGUGUAAUAUUAAAAGAUACGUUUACUUAUGAGUAUUAUAGGUGGGCAGUAUCAACGUUAAUGUCACGUCAAAAUACAGUUCCUAGCUCAGAUAACCCGUCCGAAAAUGUCAGUGCACUUAUACCACUUUGGGACAUGUUCAAUCACCGAAGCGGAAGACUGUCGACCGAUUUCGUCAAGUCGAGCAAUGUGUGCGUGUGCUACGCGGACGGCGACUAUGCGGCCGACGAACAAGUGUACAUAUUCUACGGGGUGCGGACCAACGCCGACUUCUUGGUGCACAACGGGUUCGUGUACCCGGACAACGAACAUGACGCCGUCAAGAUACGGCUUGGCGUCUCCCGGUCCGACCCGCUCUACUCGCUCCGGUACCGCCUGCUCCAGACGCUUUCGCUGCCUGCCCUCGCCGAGUUCUACCUCACGCCCGGACCGUUUCCGGUCGACGGAAAACUCCUCGCGUUCGUCCGCAUCUUCAACAUGGACCAAAAAACCUUGGAUGAUUGGAUACAAAUGGAAGAGAAACAUUGCCUGAACUUAACACUACUAGACGGUACUCUCGAUCCUGCCCUCGAGAUCAAGUGCUGGGAAUUCCUGCAAGUCAGGAUAAAUUUGUUGAUAAAGCAGUAUCCAGCACCAUCGGAAAAAGCGGUUAGUCUUAUUAAUUUUCAUUAAUAUCAAUAACAUAUU